AUGGAUACUCCUUCCCUCUCCACGUCCUCCCCUCCCGCGCGCUCCUUCACCCAAAGCAUCCACGCAACAUGGGCGGACAUAAAGACAUACCGCCGCGCAUACAUCCUCACGAUAGUCGCCUCGUUUGGCGGGUUGCUGUUCGGCUGGGACACGGGCCUGAUCGGAGGAGUGCUGACCAUGGACGCCUUCAAGCACAGCUUCGGCCUGGACACGAAACACGAGAACUAUGCGAAUGUGCAGGGGAAUAUUGUCAGCGUGUUGCAAGGUGGGUGUUUCUUUGGGGCGGCAAGCAGCUUUUGGCUCGGGGACAAAUUGGGCCGGAAAUGGUCUUUGAUCCUUGCUGAUACGGUCUUCAUCAUCGGAUCUCUCGUACAAACGCUCUGUGCGAUCAAGACUACCAGCCUGACGCAGCUGUACAUCGGCCGCUUCAUAGGCGGCUGGGGCGUGGGGUGUAUCAGUGCUAUCGUGCCAAUCUACAUUGGGGAGAAUGUAAACAAGGAGAUUCGAGGGCGAUGUAUUGGCUGCAUGCAACUCUUCAACGUCACCGGUAUCAUGACCUCCUACUUCGUCAACUACGGCAUCAGCAAGCACAUGUCAGGCCUCUCAGAUCUAAAAUGGCGUGUGCCGUUCGCACUCCAGAUGGCCCCGGGCCUGCUACUGCUCCUACUCGUCUUCCAGAACGAAUCUCCCCGCUGGCUCGUCGAGAAGAACCGGAUCGAAGAAGCACAGCGCAGCCUGACAAUAGUUCGCGGGAAGAGCAAAGGCGACGCCGCCGUGAUGCAGGAGCUGCAGGAGAUCAUCGACGACUUCAACGGGCACGAGCGGCUGACCAUCCUGCAGCAAUUGAGGGCCGUGGUCGCGAAUAAGAAGAUAUUCUAUCGGGCCAGCUUUGCCGUCAUCUUGAUGUUCUGGCAGCAAUCGACCGGGACUAACUCGAUAAACUACUACAGUCCUCAGAUCUUCUCAUCAAUCGGCAUCCAGGGCGCUUCAGCAGGGCUAUUUGCAACGGGGAUUUAUGGGGUUGUGAAGGUUGUCUUCACGGGGUUGGGCAUGAUGCUUGCAACCGAGCAGCUGGGGCGAAAAUACUGCCUCAUCUUAGGUGCCAUGGGCCAAGCCUUCAGCAUGUACUACAUCGGUAUCAACCAAGCCAUCCAUCCAACCGUUCCUGGUGCGCCCCUUACCGGCCAUAAUACCUUCGCCAUCAUAUGCGUGUACCUUUUCGUCGUCUUCUACAGCUUCAGCUGGGGCCCAAUCCCAUACGUGCUCAGCAGCGAAUGCGCCCCUAACCACGUCCGCUCCCUAAUCAUGGCUCUCGCUCUAAUGACGCAAUGGCUCAUAAAUUUCAUAAUCGCCAAGAUCACGCCCAUCAUGCUCGCCGACAUCUCGUACGGCACCUUUCUGAUCUUCGGCUCCUGCUGCCUACUCUCGCUCUUCUACUCUAUCCUGUGCGUGCCUGAGACGAAAGGUGUGCCGCUCGAGAGUAUACACGAGCUGUUCGAGGAUGGCAGCAUCGUGCGUGGUUGCUUGCGGGAUAUGGUGCCGAAACGGACUCGUGCCUUGGGGCUGCGGCAGAGGGCGGCGGCGCUACGCGAAGCACGUGAGGAUGGUUGUGGUGAGGCUGGUAAUGGGGUUGGUAAUGGAGUUGGUAGUAUCAAUAAGUCUGGCCUUGUCACGGUUGAGCAUGCGUGA